GGCGAUGGGCGCCGCGCAGUGGGCCCUGCUCCCCGCCACGCUGCUGGGCCCGGGGCGGGGCAGCCUAGACUGCUGGCAGGGCGACUUCUCGCCGGACCUCGACCGCUGCUGUGAUACCACACGCGGCGCCACGGGCGAGUCGAGCUGCUGGGCCGGCGAGUUCACCUUCGAGGGCUGCUGCACGCCUGGGGCGCGCGUGUCCGCCGGCGACCUCGCGGUCUGGCUCGUGGCCGCGGAGCGCAAGUACGGCGGCGUGCACCGGCUGCCCUGCGCCUCGCCUGCGGGCAGCUGCACCGGGGGCGACCGCAUGGGCCCGCGGCCAGAGGGCAACGCCUACGCGCGCUUCUACGCCGGCAUCCUGCGCCCCCUGAUGCCGCCGUCCCCAGGAUUCCACCUAGCCGAGGUGGGCGUGCUCGCGGGCGUGGGGCUGGCGAUAGGACCUGAAAAACCGAGCAAACCCCAAACUUUUGGAGGACCGCGCGGAUUGAUUGGGUCGGCGCUGCACAAACCUCCCACACCCUUGCCACAGCACAUGGAGCGCGCCAGGGGUGGCUCCGGGGGGGCGCCGCCAGGGGUGCGAGG